AUGCUGGUCCGUCUGUCAACGCUCGCACUUGCUGCUAGCAUUCUUACCACGCCUUCGUUAGUGGCGUGUCUUUCCGCCUCCGAUAUUCCCGCCGAUACCCCAGUUUCUCGCCUCCUCGCUUCCGCGCAGACUCACCUUUCCAAAGGAGAAACUGGCGAUGCCCUCGUCUACUACGACGCUGCCAUUGCGAGGGACCCCACCAACUACCUUACCUUCUUCAAGCGUGCGACCACCUACCUUUCGCUAGGGCGCACCUCGCAAGCGACCGACGACUUCCAAAAGGUGCUGCAGCUCAAGCCCGGAUUUGAGGGUGCACACAUCCAGUUGGGUAGGCUGAAGGCUCGCUUUGGCGAUUGGGAUACGGCAAAGGAACACUACGAACAUGCGCGGAAGGUGGAGGAGCUCGCGGCCCUUGAGGAGGCUAAGGGUGCGGCCGUCCUCGCCGAGGCAGCAGCUCAGUCGGAGAACUGGGAGGAAUGUAUAAAGCAAGCCGACGAUGCCAUCUUGACGGCGAGCCGCGCGCUGUCGCUUCGGGAACUGCGCGCAUCGUGCGCAUUCGAGCGCGGCGCGAUGGAAAGGGGUAUCGGCGACCUCCAGCACAUCUUGCAGAUGAAGCCAGGCGACACUGCACCCCACGUCAAGAUCUCCGCUAUUCAAUUCUACUCGCUGGGCGAGCGGGAAGAUGGCAUGGCGUCCAUCCGGAAAUGCCUACAUUCCGACCCCGACUCGAAGGAAUGCAAGCGGAUGUUGAAGGUUGAGAAGCAAGUGGAAAAGACAAUUCAAAAGAUCAUCAAGGCCCUUGAAAAGAGCCAGUACAUGACGGCCGCGCGUCAUUUGGUACCAUCAUCUGAUGGUGAUGGGCUGGUCAAGGAGGUCAAGGAACAAGUACAAGAAUUGAGGGGUGCCGGCGUUAUUCCAAAGGCUGCUGGAGAGGCUUUGACUUCGAGGCUUGUAGAGAUGGCUUGUCAAGCCUAUUACGAGUCAAAUAGCAAGAAAGCCAAGGAAUACUGCGAGGAAUCCCUUCAGCAUGACGAAAACUCCUUCUACGGCCUGCUCUACCGCUCCAAGCACCUCCUUGACGCCGAAGAAUUCGAGGCCAGCAUUAACACACUUCGCAAGGCGGCCGAAGCACACCCGGGGAAGGAUGACACCAUUAACCCACUCAUGCAAAAGGCGCAGGUCGCGCUCAAACGUAGCAAGAAUAAGGACUACUACAAAGUCCUCGGGGUUGCACAUGACGCCGACGAGCGUCAGAUCAAGGCGGCCUACCGUAGAUUGUCCAAGGUGCAUCACCCAGACAAGGCUGCCAAACAAGGACUUACCAAGGAGGAGGCUGAGAAAAAGAUGGCGUCUAUCAACGAGGCGUAUGAGGUGCUUAGUGACCCAGAGUUGCGCGCGCGUUUCGAUCGCGGCGACGAUCCGAAUUCGCAUGAGCAACCGCAAUACAACCACGGGAACCCCUUUGGAGGCGGUGGACAUCCCUUUAUGUUCCAGCAGGGCGGUGGUGGAGGACAACAAUUCCAGUUCAAUUUCCGGGGCUCUGGGUUCCCGUUCGGAUAA